GCUGACAAAAGUAAUUCUCGAUAUACGCUCCAAAAGUUUCCCUUUUUACCUAUUCCUCUUUCCUCCAUUAUUUGACAUUCAAAUCUUACAAAACCCUACAAUUUCUCUCUGAAAAUCUCCGUUUUUUGCUGCAUUAUAUAUAAAAUUACAAAAAUUGCGACUAUUUGUUUGCCGAUUUUGAAGUAAAUUUUUGGUAUGGAUUAUAAUUUGAAGUAUAAAUCGGUAGAUGAACCAUUACCAUCACAACAACAACAACCUCCUCUUUAUAGACAGCAGCAUCAGUCUUCAACUCUUACUUACUUCACUCAGCAAGCAAUUCGUGUUUCAGCUGGCUACAUGGCGCCUCAUUCUGGAAACGCACUUGAUCAUUUCCAACACCAAUCCGCCAAUUUGCAUGAGGCAAUGAGGAGAGAGAUUGAGAAUCCCACCAUUAUGCGUGAGGCAAUUAUGAGAGAAAUUGAGAAGGAGCGUAUUAGAGAGGAGAUUAUUGCAGAAGAGAUGACUCGAAGGCGCAUUUUGGAGUAUGAAGUAAGAAGAGAGCUCUUGAUGGAAAGACAACUAGCAAAGCUGAGUGGAGAAGGAUUUCCUCCUUUUCCUUCACCUGUAAUGAGUUUUUCACCGACGCUUCCAUUCUUGAAGCAACAGAGUGAUGCAAGGUGCAUAGAGGAGAGAAUCACAAGAUCACUUGAGGGGAGGAUGGGAAAGGAAAUAUCAGUCUCUGGACUGGGUGCAAGAAAUGAGAUCAGGAGACUCGAUAUAGUACCAUUUGAGGAGCGGAUUUCAGAGAUUCCUUUUCAGCAACGAAGUGUGGAACCAAAGGUUUCUGCUUUGAAGCCUGUAUCCCAUAGUGCGGAGCGAAUGAUUUCUGAAUUGCAGCCCUCUUUGGAGCCUAGCAAAGAGAAAGACAGGAUCAUCUUGCUGGUCAGUUUCUGUUCUUCUUGUUCAUCCUGCAUAUGUUCGUAUUUCAUUUGCUUUCCUGAAUUUGAGGGUAUAUGUGAUUUUCUGAUCUAUUGCCUUGUGUUGUUGGAUGUGUUUCUAUUUGAGGGAUUUUUAGUCUACCUGGAAUCUAGUUUCAGCAUUAAUGCAGUAUCUUUUCUUGUGCGGCUUGCAACUUGUGUGCCCUUUCACGUCAGAAGAAACAUAAUCUUGUACAUGCAUAAAACGUAAAUUAAAGUGUUGAUGGAUUCAGAUGCUAUUUGAAAUUAGUCGAAGAUGUGAAAAAAGAUGUCCCUACUGCACAGUUUUGAUAUCCCUUGUACGCUUAUUAUAAUUGGUAAUGUUUUCCUUAAUCUUUUGUUUUUUUCUCCCUUGAGUGGCAGGAGUAGUUAGAUAGCACUGUUUAUUCUGUAUACAAUUCAAGAUGCAUUGCUCUUGAUAAAAACAAUUCAAGAUACAUUGCUAAAUUCAGUCAAUACAUAAAAUCCAUCUUUAUGCUUUAAUACCGGUUUGUAACUAACAUAACGGUUUGUAAAUAACUUAAGGGUCUCUGAACCAAUCCAAUCCUGCCGAUUGCAGUUAAGCUUAGGACUGUGUUCAUAUACUUAUACAUUAUCUUUAAGUCCAUUCUCUCAUUGAUUUUUGGUAUCUCUCUCUCUCUCUGUGUGUGUGUCCUUAAAUUUCCCUUUUCCUUGCAUGCUUACUCCUUUAUUCAGCAGUAGAGUCUUAAUAGGGUCCUUGUUGUGCCUCAAACAUGGCAAUCUCUUCUAGCAAGAAUGAGGAUGUAGAUCAACUCUAUUCACCUGACAGUGGUAUAAAUGUACAAUAGAUGUCCUUGCUUAUAACUGUAAUGAAUUUUCCUUGAAUCUCUGUUGGCAUUUGGCAGGAAUAAUAUUUUUUUUAAUCAAGUAACAAAAAUUUCAUUAAUGAAGAGCCUACAACAACAACAACAACAACAACAACCCAGUAUAAUCCCACUUAGUGGGGUCUGGGGAGGGUAGUGUGUA